GCGUCGGUUUUCGGCUUUUGUUUUUUCCUCAACCGGAAGUGUUCCAAAAGCCGUCAAAAUUGAAAAAGGAAACUAUCCCUUUUUGAGCCCCCUCGCUUAUCCCUCGGGCCCUAGCGGCAGCGUCGGCGGCGUUGGUCAGAGUGGUUCAACCGGCGGCGGCGGUCAUAGUGCUAGCGUAUCGGCAGUGGCCGCGGCAGUAGCGGCGGCAGCUGCAUCGUCCACCGGUGGCAGUGCGAAUCUCAGCGCCGGCACCAAUUCGAUCGCGGUGCAUCAUCACGCGGCAGCGGCGGCGGCAGCAGCAGCUGCGGCACACCAUCCGCACUUCCCAUCGCUGGCAGCGGCGGCGGCCGCGGUCAAUACCGUCGGCGGCGGCACCAGCGAUCACCAUCAUCAUCAUCAUCCACACCCGCACGCCACCGGAAUACCAAUCAGGAUGGACUGCGACUACUCGAAGCUGUUCUAUGCGAAACACAGUGGACUGGGAGCCGGCACCAUUACGACAAGGUGGACACCGAUGGGUCCAGGGCCAACGGCUGGUUCGUUGGUCCAGGACGACACCAAUGGGUCCGGUGUCGACAGCAAACACCUGGACGUCGGCGAUAUGAGCGAUGACGAACAGGACCUGUCGUCGGCCGAUGCCGAAGGUGUUUGGAGUCCGGACAUCGAGCAGAGCUUCCAGGAAGCGCUGGCCAUCUACCCACCCUGCGGUCGACGGAAAAUAAUUCUUUCCGAGGAGGGGAAGAUGUAUGGACGCAACGAACUGAUAGCCCGCUACAUCAAACUGCGAACCGGCAAGACGCGGACGCGGAAACAGGUCAGCUCUCACAUACAGGUCCUAGCGAGACGGAAACUGCGCGAAUUCCAGGCCAAGAUGAAAGUGGACCACACGGGCGUACUGGGACCGAAAGACAAGAUGUUCCCGCCGGGCCCCAUGGCCGGUAUGACUAGUGCACAGAUCGUCACGGUAGCAGCAGCGAAAGGGUUAAGCCUAGCGAAUCCUUCCUGUCUUCCAUAUCCUCCUCACCACUUACACCACCACCCGCAUCCACAUCCCCAUGCCCAUCACCACCACCAUCACCACCUCCACCCCCAUCACCCUUCUUCCCACCACCCGCACCUCUCGGCACCCCCGCCACCGCCACCGCCCCCAUCGUCGAUACAUUCUAGUCAAUUCUGGCAGCCCGGUCUGCAGCCCAGCACAUCACAGGACGUCAAACCGUUCGCCCAGGCGGCGUACGGUCCGAUGGGCAAGACAGCCACGGCCGUCUCGGACAGUGGCCUACAGGCGGCACACCCGUGGGAGGGCCGAGCGAUAGCGACGCACAAGUUCCGGCUCGUCGAGUACAGCGCCUACCUGGAGAUGCGUGUUGAAGAUACUUACCACAAGCACUUAUUUGUACAUAUAGGCGAUCAGCCGGCCCACCCGCUUCUGGAGUCGGUGGAGGUGAAGGAGAUCUACGACAAAUUCCCACAGAAGGCCGGUGGCCUUAAGGAACUCUACGAGAAGGGCCCGAGUAAUGCGUUCUUCCUGGUUAAGUUCUGGGCGGACCUGAAUACGAACGUGGUCAACGAUGCCGGCGCGUUCUACGGUGUCAGUAGUCAUUACGAAAGCAAUGACAACAUGGUGAUUACCUGUUCGACGAAGGUGUGCUCCUUUGGCAAGCAGGUCGUGGAAAAAGUCGAAACUGAGUACUCCCGCUUCGAGAACGGUCGGUACGUGUACCGGAUCAGUCGGUCGCCGAUGUGCGACUACAUGAUCAACUUCAUCAACAAGCUGAAGCACCUGCCCGAGAAGUACAUGAUGAACAGCGUGCUGGAGAACUUCACCAUCCUGCAGGUCAUCUCCAAUAAGGAAACGGACGAGACCCUGCUCUGCGUGGCAUUUGUGUUCGAGGUGUCGACGUCAGAGCACGGCGCCCAGCAUCACAUCUACCGCCUGGUGAAGGAAUAGCAUGAAAUUAACUCCCAAACCCACACCGCCCACCAGCACCACCAGCAGCAACAGCAGCAGCAUCAACACCAGCAGAAUGUUGACAGCAGCGGUAGUAGCCUAAUGUUAAGUAAUCAUAGCAGUACUACUAACUACAAUAACGGUAACGAUAGUAACAAUAACAAUAACGCUAGCAGUAAUCGUAACGAUAACAGAGGAGGGGCAGAGUUGGUCGUCGGCAUUGCAGACGGUAGUAGUAGCGCUAGCGCUGCUGCUGCUACUGCUGGUGCUGCAUUAUCGGCCGUUGUUGACGAAUCGGCGGUAGCGCUAGCGCUGAGUGUCGAUACUCUGCAGCAGCAGCAACAGCUGGUAAUAACUGGGGAGGGUUCCACAACAACCGCUGAAUCCGAGCAGAGCUCGACCGUACUGGUGGACCCCCACGAGCACCACUACAAUAGUCUGAUGGCCGCCGCAGCGGUAGCAGCUGCCGCCGUCGCCGCCCGCAAGUCGGUAAAGCAGGAAUUUAUCAGCGGUGAAGACUUCACUGCUGCUGCUGCGGUGGCAGCGGCGGCGGCGGCCGCAGCAGCCACUGCUACUGGUGCGACACCUAGUGGAGGUGGCGGCGGCGGCGGUGGCGAAUAGAAGCAGAUAUAAAGAAAAGGGAGAGAGGUGAGAGACAGCCGUUCUGUAUAAACUAUUUUUUUAAGUGGAAGCCUCUACUGCAU